GGCAGGCAGGGAUAAGUCUGGGGGAGGGGGAUGGUGAGGGGAUAAGAUGGAAUGAAUGGCCAGGAUGAGCCCUUUUGCUCAAACAGGGCUCUCCAGGAAAAACAUCCCUCUUGUAACCUGGUUCUCCCUUUUCAUACCCAGAUUUUGGGGAAGAUUGUCCUAGGUUUCCCUUGGUUCUGAACCGGUUUUAGCCUCUUGGUUCUGACAUUCAUUCAUCUAGAUUUAACCUGCUGUGUGUCGGGCUCUGAAGGAUUUAAGAUGGACCAGGCACUCCUUGCCUUCAGGGAGUUCAUUCUAGUAAAGCUGUGCUUCUCAGUCUUGAAUGUGCUUAGAAUCGCCUGAGGAUCUUGUUAAAAUACAAAUUCUGGUUCCAUAGGUCUGAGGUAGGACCUGAGAUUCUGCAUUUCUAACAAGCUCCCAGGUUAUGCUGAUGAAGCUGGUUCGUGGACCGCACUUUGAGUAGCGAGAUGUAGAGGAUUUUACAAUUUAGUAGAGUGGCGGGUGGCUGCAGGCUGGAGACAAAAGUCCAGGGUAAUCGUCUGGCAACUUGGGGUGGUCUCCGCCUCCUUGCUCGCUGAGGUUCCCUCCCAGGAAUCCGCCACGUGACGGUCGGACCGCAGUCUUAAGCUUAGGAGCCCUGCAAGCGCCAUGGCUCCCAAGAGGUCGCCCUGCCUUUCCUCUCUGCUGCUGCCGUUCCUGACGCUGCUGCUGCAUCAGGCAGACACUCGGUCUUUCGUAGUGGAUCGGGAUCAUAACAGGUUCCUCCUGAACGGGGUUCCGUUCCGCUAUGUAUCUGGCAGCCUGCACUACUUCCGGGUACCGCGGGUGCUUUGGGCAGACCGACUUUUCAAAAUGCGAAUGAGCGGCCUAAACGCCAUACAGUUUUACGUGCCCUGGAACUACCAUGAGCCAGAGCCUGGGGUCUAUAACUUUAAUGGCAGCCGGGACCUCAUUGCAUUUCUGAAUGAGGCAAAUAAGGCGAACUUGUUGGUCAUACUGAGACCAGGACCUUACAUCUGUGCGGAGUGGGAGAUGGGGGGUCUCCCAUCCUGGUUGCUUCGAAAACCUAAAAUUCAUCUGAGAACCUCAGAUCCAGACUUCCUUGCUGCAGUGGACUCCUGGUUCCAGGUCUUGCUGCCCAAGAUAUAUCCAUGGCUGUACCACAAUGGGGGCAACAUCAUUAGCAUUCAGGUGGAGAAUGAAUAUGGUAGUUAUAAGGCCUGCGAUUUCAGCUACAUGAGACACUUGGCUGGGCUCUUCCGUACAAUAUUAGGAGACAAGAUCUUGCUCUUCACCACAGAUGGGCCUGAAGGACUCAGAUGUGGCACCCUCCAGGGACUCUAUACCACUGUAGAUUUUGGCCCAGCUGACAACAUGACCAAAAUCUUUACCCAGCUUCGGAAGUAUGAACCCCAUGGGCCACUGGUGAACUCUGAGUACUACACAGGCUGGCUGGAUUACUGGGGCCAGAAUCACUCCACACGGUCCAUUCCAGCUGUAACCAAGGGACUAGAGAACAUGCUGAAGUUGGGAGCCAGUGUGAACAUGUACAUGUUCCAUGGAGGUACCAACUUUGGAUACUGGAAUGGUGCUGAUGAGAAGGGGUACUUCCUUCCAAUUACUACCAGCUAUGACUAUGAUGCACCCCUCUCUGAAGCAGGAGACCCCACACCUAAGCUUUUUGCUCUUCGAAAUGUCAUCAGCAAGUUCCAGGAAAUUCCCUUGGGACCAUUACCUGCCCCCAGCCCCAAGAUGAUGCUUGGACCUUUGACUCUGCACCUGGAUGGGAGUUUGCUGGCAUUCCUAGACUUCCUGUGCCCCCAAGGGCCCAUCCGUUCAAUCUUGCCAAUGACCUUUGAGGCUGUCAAGCAGGACCAUGGCUUUAUGUUGUACCGGACCCAUCUGGUCAAUACCUUCACAGAGCCAACAUCGUUCUGGGUGCCAAACAAUGGACUCCACGACCGUGCCUACGUGAUGGUGAAUGGGGUGUUUCAGGGUGUUUUGGAACGAAACAUAAAACACAGAUUAUUUUUGACGGGGAAAAUGGGGGACAAACUGGAUGUCUUGGUGGAAAACAUGGGGAGGCUCAGUUUCGGGUCUAACAGCAGUGACUUCAAGGGCCUAUUAGAGCCACCACUUAUGGGGCACGUAGUCCUUACCCAGUGGCUCAUGUUCCCUCUGAAAAUUGAUAAUCUUGUAAAGUGGUGGUUUCCUAUCCAGCUGCCGAAAAGGUCACAACCUUCGACUCCCUCUGGCCCCACCUUCUACUCUGCAACGUUUCCAAUUUUAGGCUUAGUCGGGGACACAUUUCUCUAUCUACCUGGAUGGUCCAAGGGCCAAGUCUGGAUCAAUGGGUUUAACUUGGGCCGGUACUGGACAAAGCGGGGACCACAACAGACCCUCUAUGUGCCAAAACCCCUGCUGUUUCCUAGGGGAACCUUCAACAAAAUCACAUUGCUGGAGCUAGAAAAUGUGCCUCCCAGGCCCCAAAUCCAAUUUCUGGACAGGCCUAUCCUCAAUAGCACCUUGUAUAGGACAUACCUCUAUUCCCUCUCAGCUGGUGAACAAAUGGAGUUAAGUGGGCACUGAAAGAAAGGUAACCUUGGACCUGGGACA